AUGACUCAGGUUGCUGAAGAAAGACAAAUUAAAUUUUUAACUUUCAAUACAUGGGGCUUGAAAUAUGUCUCUAAACACAGGAAAGAAAGGUUAAGAGCAAUUGCAGAUAAAUUGGCCGAUACAUCAAACAAUAAUGGUAAUAACGGCAAUAAUAACAAUAGUAAUUUUAGUAGUAGCAGUAGUAAAAUAAUACCUUUACAUGACUGUAUUAGAAAUACAGCAAUGGGAGGCAUCAUCGAAGAGGAUGCAUAUCCAGAAGGUGAAGGUUUGAUUGACUAUGAUUUCGAUAUCAUUGCAUUACAAGAAAUUUGGUGUAAAGAGGAUUGGGACUACUUAUUAGAAAGAUGUAGUACUAAAUAUCCUCAUUCCAGAUUAUUUUAUUCUGGGAUAUUAACAGGCCCUGGAUUAGCUAUCCUAUCUAAAAUCCCUAUUCAAUCAAGUUUCCUCUAUAGAUUUCCAAUCAAUGGCAGGCCAAGUGCCUUUUUCAGAGGUGAUUGGUAUGUAGGGAAAUCCAUAGCGAUCACUAAAUUGAAACCUAUAGAUGCAAAUUAUCCACCCAUCGUUGUUAUGAAUAGUCAUAUGCAUGCACCAUACGCUUUAACUGGUGAUGCGGCUUAUGAAUGUCAUAGAUCUGUGCAAGCAUGGGAUUUCAGCCAAUUAAUUAAUCUUUAUAAGAAAGCAGGAUAUGCAGUUAUUGUGGUUGGCGAUUUGAAUUCGAGACCAGGUUCUUUGCCACAUAAUUUAUUAACACAAGAGACUGGGUUAGUUGAUUCUUGGGAACAACUCAAUGGUGAAACGAAUUUAUUCGAUUUGAAGCGCAUGAAUCCAUUAGACCAGUUGAAAUACGGUUGCACUACAUGUGAUUCUUUAUUAAAUACUUGGAGAGCAAGUAGAAGACCAGAUGAAGCAUGUAGAUUAGAUUAUGCUUUGAUUGACUCAAAAAGGUUAAAGACAUUGGAUGCUGGUGUAAGAUUUACAGAUAGAAUUGAGAAUGUUGGUAGUUUCUCUGAUCAUUUUGCGUAUUAUUGUAAGUUGAAAGUAUUACCUUUACAUAAUAAUCACAAUAACAUUAAUGGUCGUUCAGAUGAGGAAAUAAAUGGUAUCAGUAAUGGGAGAGACUUACAACUGGUUAGAUAUUCAAAUUAUGAAGCUUUACUAAAAUGCAUCGAUAAUUAUAUGAUAACUGCUAGGAAACAAAAAUUCUAUAGAGGCCUUCAUUUCUUAACAUCUAUUUUCUUGUCAAUUGCAUGUAUGGUGGUGACUAGUUUUACAUCAGCAAAAGCAAGUUGGUCAUCUGUUUUUUGGGUUUUGUUUGCUGUAGUGGUCACUGUGACAGGUGUUAUUGAUGGUUUAAUAUCAUUCCUUUUCGGUAGAAAUGAAAUUAGAGCACUUGUUGAAGUUCAACAGGAAGUUCAGGAUUCACAAAGAAGUCUACAAGAGAUUCUUGAUAAUCAAUGA